AUGAGGUGGAUCAAGGCCAACUGCGCAUUUGCCGCCACCGGCCCUUACGCCUCUCUCUAUAAGGACAUGGGUGUCUUUAUUGUGCGCUUCCAACGUUAUCAGCGGAAGCUAGGCCUCGCAAUGGAGUUGCUCGUCGAUUGGGAAGCCGCGCAUUAUGUACCCCGAGAUUGGGAUACCAUUUCGAAUGAUUUGUGGCUUCUCCAACCAAGCAGCGCCACCUCAUCCAGCCGAUAUCCGCAAUCUCCCUCUGCCUUCUCCAUCUUCACCGUCAAAGACAUCUUCAAGUUCAUCUCUUAUCUGCGCACGAAGCCCUUGAUGGAGAUGCUGGGGGAUGUAGUGCCGGAUUGUGUAUUAUGUGUUUCCGCCGAAUUUUCCGAUAAAGGAUUCCGAGACGCGACUGCUGAACAUGGAAGAUGA